AUGGAGCUGCGAGACGGCCUAGAUGGCCUGGUUCUAAUCUCGGACCAUGUCUAUCACGCGUGUUUGGCGCAUGCGCUGAUGACUGAACGGGAAGAGGUCAUGGGCUUGCUGCUGGGAGACGUGGAACAUGAGGUGAAGAUUUGGGCAUCAAUGACCUUGCAACGGAGCGACAAGCGCCCGGACCGGGUGGAGAUUGCGCCAGAGCAACUGGUGGCCGCGGUGGAGCUGGCGGAGAAGCUGAAAGAGGUCAUGAAGUGCAGCUGCCGUGUGGUGGGAUGGUGCCUGCAGAUCUUCGCAUUUUUUCACACGUGGAUUGUUUUUUUCCAAUAG